AUGGCGCAGCGUUUCCGCGCGGGGGUGGUGGCGCAGAUGGUGCGCCAGUCGCAGUGCGUGCAGCUGGUCGUGCGGCCCGCCGAUGGCGCCGUGACUUGCGCCAGCCGCGGCGCGGAGAGGGUGUUGCGCGCAGAAAAGGGGCGGCUGGAAGGGCUCCCAAUGUACGAGUUUCUCUCCCCAAUCCCUCUCUCCAUUCCUCCAUUCCUCUCCCCUCCUCUCUCCCCUUCCAUCCCCUCGACUUCUCUCGUUUCUCUCUCCCCCAAUUUGAUCCCACCACCUGCGUUGCCUUUGGACACGUGGCGGCAUCUCGUUGGCCAGCUGGAGAGCGGCAGUGUGGACGUGGUAACCCUAUCUCUGCCGCUGCGGCGUUGCAAUGAUGGGCAUGGACCAACGUUAGUAUCAGCUGCACCAGCACCAGCAGCACCGGAAGCAGCAGCAGCAGCAGCUGAAGCAGCAACAUCAGCAGCAGCAGCAGCAGCAGCAGCAGCAGCAGCAGAUGCAGCAGCAUUAAAACCCACUGCGUCAGCUGUGACCCCCCCCUCCGCGCCCCCUCUCUUGCGCCCUGAGGCGCACGUUCCGCGCACAGGCGCGCAGUGGCUGUACCGCUGGAUGGUGGGGCGGGAGAAGCGCGCCGGGGGGAAGGGGAAGGGCGCAAGGGGGGAGGGGAAGGGCGCUGGGGGGGAGGAGGGGGAGGAGCGCGAGGAGAAGGGAGAGGGGAGGGAGGAGCGUGAGGAGAGGAAGGAGCGGAGGGAGGAGGAGGUGGAGGAGGAGGAAAACAAGGAGAGGCAGCAGCAGCCACAGCGGCAAGGCCAGAGGCAGCAGCAGCAGCAGCAGGGUCAGCAGGGGUUGGGGCAGCAGGAGCAGCAGGAGCAGCAGGGGCAGGAGAGGGAGUGGUUGGUGCCGGUGUGCAUUCAGUUCUUUGAAGUUGGGCCGUGCAAAGACCUCGUCAUAACAGGUGUGCUCUCCUUCCUCGUCAUAACAGGUGUGCUCUCCUUCCUCGUCAUAACAGGUGUGCUCUCCUUCCCUGUGUUUGCUAUCGCCUGCUCUCUGCUCUUCUCACACCUCUGCUGCUCUACUCUCACCUCGCCUGCUCUGCUCUACUCACACCUGAGUUGUCUCCAAUCUUGUUCUCCUUCUAUGCCUGGUCUUCGCCUCUCCUCUACUUUCUGGUUUUCUUUUCUGGUUGUCCUCACUCUUCAUUUCUGCUCUGGUUAUCUCUCCUCGUCCCUCCUCCUUUUUCACUCCUUGGCAUCUCCCCCUUCCCCUGUCUCUGCCUCUGCUGCUUUCCCUCUCCCUCUCCCUCUCUCGCCCCCUGCGUCCUCCCCCCUCUCUUCCUCCCCCCUCUCUUCCUCCCCCUUCUCUUCCGUCGCUCUCUCUUCCCUCGCCCCUGCCCCUGUCCCACUCUCUGCUCCCCUCUGUGCUCCUCCGACCCUCGCUUCUCCGACCCUCGCUUCUCCAACCCUCGCCCCGCCAACCCUCGCCCCGCCAACCCUCGCCCCUCCGACCCUCGCUUCUCCGACCCUCGCCCCUCCGACCCUCGCCCCUCCGACCCUCGCCCCUCCUGCUGCCGUCACUCCGAAACCCGCCUCACGGGUGGAAGCGGCGCCUGACAAUUCCCUCCUUACCCUCGCCCCUCUUGGCCUCGCCUCUUCUGAAUCUUACUCUGAGCUGCGAAAGGGCAAGCUCAGCACGUGGGACGUGGCGGUUGCACGGGGAACAACAGGGGCCGCUAAGGCAGAGGGGGACGAGGAGAAGCAAGCGGGAGAGACGGAGAAAGGGGCAGCAGCACAAGGGCGAGCGAGGGAGCAAGGAGGGAAGGGGGAGCAAGGGGAGCAGGCAGGGAAGGAGCAAGGGGAGCAGGGGGAGCAGGCAGGGAAGGAGCAAGGGGAGCAGGGGGGAAGGGACCAGCAGCACCAGAAGCCACCGCAGCCGCAGCAGCCGCAGCAGCCAGUGGGGAUGCGGCGUAUCCGAGUGGAUCCAUCUCAGAAGCCAAGGGGGGCGUCGGAGACAUGGCUUUUGCAUGACUUCAAGGAGCGACCCGGCAACCAGUUCAAGUUCCGCAUGCUCUUUGAGCUCUCGUCUGACCCCAAGAUGCUUCUGAGCAAGGACGGACGGUUACUGGAUUGCAAUCAAGCGACGGAUGAUGAGGGGGGAGUGCUGCCCGUUGAAGCCCUGUGUCGUCUCGUGGACCUCAGAGGAGACACCAGUCACCCUCAGUCCCAGCCCCAUCCCUCCUCCUCCUCCUCCUCCUCCUCCUCCUCCUCCUCCUCCUCCUCCUCCUCCUCCUCCUCCUCCUCCUCCUCCUCCUCCUCCUCCUCCUCCUCCUCCUCCUCUCACUCCUCACACUCACGAGCAGCGGUCUACCUGAUGGUGUGGCACGAUCUGACGGAGGUGAAGCGCAAGGAGGCGUCCUUGGAGCGAGCCAAGCAGGAGGCGGAGCGGGCGAGGCAGGCGGCAGAGAGGGCGAGUCUCUCGAAGACACAGUUCCUGGCCAACAUGAGCCACGAGAUCCGGACCCCCAUGAACGGAGUGAUUGGCGUUGCAGACCUGCUGCUAGACACAGCUCUCAGCGAGGAGCAGCGCAUGUUAGCAGAGACCAUCCGCUCCUGCAACGCAUGGGUCAUUGGGGUGGCAGACCUGCUUCUCGACACAGCUUUGAGCGAGGAGCAGCGCAUGCUGGCCGAGACCAUCCGUUCCUGUAGUGAGGGGCUGCUGCAGAUCCUGUCGGACAUCCUGGAUUUGAGCAAGAUAGAGAGCGAUAAGAUGGAGCUGGAAGCUACUCAGCUGGACGCCCGGCAGCACCUCAGCAGCUCCCUCGCUCUCUUCCGCACUGCCGUGCAAGACAAGGGCCUUCAGCUGAACGUGAGGGUAGCACCAGACGUGCCGCACGCGGUGAUGGCAGAUGCAGUGCGGUUGAGGCAGGUGCUGCUGAACCUGGUGUCGAACGCCCUCAAGUUCACCCACCAAGGCCGCAUCUCCGUCUCCCUCUCCCGCCUCCACUCCUGCCCCGGCUGCUGCUGCUGCUCCCCCUCCCCCUCCCCCUCCCCCUCCCCCGACCACCCGCACACGGAAGGGGAGAGCCAAGGCAAGGAGGGUAUCAAAUCCAGCGAAGAAGAGGGUGAGAGAGGCAAGGAAGGGGAAGAAACAGGCGGGGAGCAGGAAGGGAGAGGAGAUGAGGAGGAGGAAGAGGAAGCAGCAGGCGAGGAGACGGGGUCUUUUGAGGCGCCUCAAAAGGAGACGGGGUCACGUGUGGUGCUGCAAUACACAGUGGCGGACUCGGGCAUCGGCAUAUCGCAGGAGGGGCAGAGCCGGCUGUUCCAGGCGUUCACCCAGGCGGACAGCAGCACGUGCAGGAGAUUCGGCGGCACGGGGCUGGGCCUGGCUAUCUGCCGCGCGCUGGUGACUCUCAUGGGGGGGACGAUCGAGCUGACGAGCAAGGAGGGCGAGGGCUCGACUUUCUCUUUCACUGUCUGUGUGGGAGCACUCAAACACACCCCCGGCCAAGCCUCCACUGCUGCCGAGCCUGUCGAGUAUCAGACAUAUGAGGGUGAAAGCCUGGGGAGAUUGGAGGAGGACGUAGGGAGAGAGGUGGAGGAGGAAUUGGAGGAGGGGGACGUAGAAGAGGAGGAGGGGGCUGAGGAGAAGGAGAAGGAAUCACGAGCAUUCGGAGCAGGAAGGGCAGAAGCAGGAGCAGCAGCAGCAGCAGCAGCAGCAGUAGUCAGAGAAGCAGUUUUCACCAGGCUGGACGGUAGUGGGAGCAACGCUCGCACCAGUGUGAACCAGCAGUCACCGCAGGAGUCACCGCAGGAUUUGUCGCAGGAUUUGUCGCAGCUAGCAUAUACCCAAGAGCCCUCGUCUCCUCUCCUCCCACUCGCACCGGGGGAAGCAGUGGGAGCAGCCCGCGAGAGCACCCAUGAAAUCGCCUGUGACAGCACCCAGGUGUGCGCUCGUCUCUCGACUGAAGCGCCGCACUCUGAAUCAGCUUUAGCUGGGGAAGGCGGAGGGGAGGCACGAGGAGUGCGGUUUUCUCUUGGGAGCGUGGUGCUUCCUGCUGGUGGUGCUGAGGUAGAGGGCAUGGAGGGGUGCAUGGAUGGGCGGCUGGAUGGGCGGCUGGAUGGGCGGCUGGAUGGGCGGCAGGAUGGGCGGCAGGAUGGGCGGCAGGAUGGGCGGCAGGAUGGGCGGCAGGAUGGGCGGCAGGAUGGGCGGCAGGAUGCAGGGCUGCCUGGGGACCGGGCGGCUGGGUUACCGCGGCGGCGGGGAAUGAGAGGAAGCUUCUCAGAAGGAGACAUAUUGUUGAUGUGUGAGUUGGGGGAGAUAGAAUGUGACAGCCCGGGGGUGGAAGAGAGGGAGGGCGAAAGGAAUCAGAAUGCUGCCUCUGCGUUGCAACCACUCGCAACAGCAGCAGCAGGAGUGUCAGCAGGAGCUGCAGCAGCAGGGGGGGAACCACAGCAGCAGCCGCAGCAACAGCCGCAGCAAAAACCACAGCAGCAGCAGCAACAACCACAACAGCAGCAGCAGCAGCCGCAGCAGCAUCAGCAGGUGCUGCGGGUGUUGGUAGCAGAGGACAAUGCAGUGAACCAGCUGGUGGUGACUCGCAUGCUCAGACGUUUGGGGCUGGACUGCCGAGUGGCCGACAAUGGAGUGAUGGCCGUGGAUGCAUGCAGGGAGGAGCGAUUCGACCUCGUUCUCAUGCGCAUGCUCAGACGUUUGGGGCUGGACUGCCGAGUGGCUGACAAUGGAGUGAUGGCUGUGGAUGCAUGCAGGAGCGAUUCGACCUCGUUCUCAUGGACUGCCACAUGCCUGAGAUGGACGGCCUAG